AUGUUGGAUAAAGGUGUUAUCGUGAGAGUAGACACUCCGACUGACUGGUGUUCACCUCUUGUCAUUGUCCCUAAAAAGGACAAUUCAAUAAGACUUUGCGUAGAUUUUACUAAACUUAAUGAGAGUGUUAAACGAGAACUAUAUCCUGUGCCCUCUGUAGACUACAGUCUGGGACAAUUAGAUGGUGCUAAGGUGUUCUCGAAACUAGAUGCUAACUCGGGUUAUUGGCAAAUACCCAUAACAGAAGAAGCUUCAUAUUUGACUACUUUCAUCACACCUUUCGGAAGCAUUUCUAAAGAAACCUUCCUCUCAGCGGAUUCCUCGUCAUAUGGUAUUGGAGUUGCACUACUUCAGCUUCAAGAAGAUGGAACUAAACGUCCGGUGGCCUAUGCUUCGAGAAGUUUGUCAUCAGCCGAACGUAAUUGGGCUCAAAUAGAAAAAGAAGCUCUAGCGAUUGCUUGGGGGUGUGAACGGUUUGAACACCUCAUUUUAGGGUUGCAUUUGCAUAUUGAGACAGACCAUAAGCCCUUGCUCUCCAUAUUCAAGAUAAAAGACUUGGACAAUAUUACUCCCAGGCUUCAGAGAAUACGACUCCGACUGAUGAGAUAUACGUAUGACAUUACCUACACGCCCGGUAAACAGUUGAUUUUGGCUGAUGCACUGUCUCGAGACACAGAGAACUCUGAAGAGGAAUGGGAACUUACAGAGGAAAUCCUUGCUUAUAUACAAAACAUUGACACUACUCUACCAUCAGUUUCGGAUGAAAGGUUGCGAGAAAUAAAUCAAGAAACUAUGAAAGAUGAAACUCUAAAACAUGUGUCACAGUAUAGUGUGAGAGGUUGGCCAGGAAAAUCUAAGAUUCCAGAGGAUGUAUUGCCCUACUGGUAUCAUAGAGAAGAUAUAAGUGAGCAAAAUGGUAUACUUCUCUUUGGAAGUCGUAUUAUAAUACCAAAUUCUCUAAGAGCUAAUGUACUAAGAAGUAUUCAUGAAGGACAUCAAGGCAUAACAAAAUGUAGAUCUUUUGCAAAAUUGACUGUGUGGUGGCCUCGUCUUUCUCAACAAAUCAAAGAACUAGUAGAAAAUUGCAAGACAUGUGCAGAAAAUCGCGCUACGAGAGCAGAGCCGCUGAUACCAACCCCUUAUCCGGAUAGACCUUGGCAAAUAGUGGGUGCCGAUUUGCUGAAGUGCAAAGGUCACUGUUGUGACGUCACGUUGUCAUGGCAACCGACCAGUCAAUGGAAAGUGGCGACACGUGCGACCUUGAGAGUCCUUCACCCAGUUGCAGCUCCUCCCCCAACCAACCCCAACACUCACUCAACCCCCAAACCACCACCCGGCAACCACCAACCCUUUCCAACCAUCAUUCCCGUUGACGCAAACCCGUCGCAUGCAACCUGGGAAUAA